CUCGGCGCCCAAACUGGCGAGCGUGGGCUUCCCCCUGCUGCGGUGACAGGGACAGCGGGGGCUGUCCCCAAGCCAGGGCCGCUCUGGUGGGCUGCGUGGGGAGGGGGACGGAGGAGGCAGGAGCAGCUGGGUUUGAAUAAUUGAAUUUAUCGGAAGAAAACGCGUCCCAGCGGGAUGCGCUGUAGCAAUCUGGAACUUCGGUGGCUCCCGGCGCUGGAUCUGGCUCCCCCCCCAGUUUCCUGUUGACGUCACCUGCUAUUUCACCGCUGCAGUUUUUACAACUGUUGAGCUUUUCAAGGGUAAUUGGAGCCGAGACCGGCCAACCUCGGCAGCUGCCGAUGAGGGAACACGGCGUUACGUUCCUUAUCUCCCCCGGCUCGCCUUCCCCACUGCUCCCACCAGCCUCGCAGACCCCCGGGAACCGGGGAUACUGGGCGAGGAGAGCUGCGUGAAGCCAGCGAGCGAUCCGGGCUGUGCAUUCCCACUGAAAGUAAUCAUCGGUGCUUGCAAGAAGUGCCGUGGGCCGGAUCCUGUGGGAUUUUCUUUGUCCCAUCCCUCUGUUCUGCCAGGCGUGCCAGCGCUGUUCUUCGUUUCUGAGAAACCAUGGACAAGAAGCAAGAUUCCAAAGGAUCCUUGGAGCCGCACAAACCGGUGAAAAGCAAGAAGAAACGGGAACUGAGGAUAACAUGUGUCCCUAUCAAACAGCCUGUUGCCAACACAACGCCCCCGAGGAACUUGGACUCCAGGGCGUUCAUUACCAUUGGAGAUAAAAACUUUGAGGUGGAAGCCGAUGACCUGGUGGCAAUUUCGGAGCUGGGCCGCGGGGCUUAUGGCGUGGUGGAGAAGGUCCGGCACGCGCAGAGCGGCACCAUCAUGGCCGUGAAGAGGAUUCGAGCGACUGUGAACACGCAGGAGCAGAAGAGGUUAUUGAUGGACUUGGAUAUCUCCAUGAGGACCGUUGACUGCUUCUACACAGUCACCUUCUACGGAGCCCUCUUCCGCGAGGGCGAUGUGUGGAUCUGUAUGGAGCUCAUGGACACGUCCCUAGAUAAAUUCUACAAGAAAGUACUGGAGAAGAAGAAAACCAUCCCUGAAGACAUUUUGGGGAAAAUGGCCGUGUCUAUUGUACGAGCUCUGGAGCAUCUGCACAGUAAACUGUCCGUGAUCCACAGAGAUGUGAAACCUUCCAAUGUGCUGAUCAACAAGGAGGGACAUGUGAAAAUGUGUGACUUUGGAAUAAGCGGCUACUUGGUGGACUCGGUUGCGAAGACUAUGGAUGCUGGCUGCAAACCAUACAUGGCUCCGGAAAGAAUAAACCCUGAGCUGAACCAGAAGGGCUACAACGUGAAGUCAGACGUCUGGAGUCUGGGGAUCACAAUGAUCGAACUGGCCAUUCUUCGCUUCCCGUACGAGUCCUGGGGGACGCCCUUCCAACAGCUCAAGCAAGUGGUGGAGGAGCCCUCGCCCCAGCUGCCCGCCGAUCGCUUCUCCAAGGAGUUUGUGGACUUCACAGCGCAGUGCUUAAGGAAGAACCCUGCCGAGAGAAUGAACUAUUUAGAACUUAUGGAACACCCGUUCUUUACCUUGCAUGACACCAAAGAGACUGACAUGGCCUCCUUCGUGACAGAGAUCCUCGGGGACGACUCCUAACUCUGACCUCACGGCCUCGUGCAGCCCCUCCAUCCUGGCUCCCGCGCAGAAGAGCGAAUGAGGACUUGAGUUAGUGGUGGUUUGCACAAACCGUGGGCAUCUCCGGCCCCAUCUGGCCUCGCAGUCUCUUUUCUCUUUGCCCUGAAAAUGAAAUCCCCCAGGAUGAGCCUUUUGAAGCCGACACUUUCCCAACUAAGCCACGGAGACGGAGGCCAACGUGUCCCAUCCAGAGAGAGGACGGUGUCCGUGGGGUCUGAGUGGGGCCAGGGCAGAAGCUGCCCGAGGGCAUCUCCUUUCCCCCGCAGCCCCAUGCACAGCGCAGGGAGUCUGUUUCUUUGCUGCCUGGGGAAGGCAGAGAGGAAAAAAGCGCUGCUGUGCUUGUGUCCUGCCCUGCCUGCCCAAAGCCCCUUCCCAGAGUCUGGUCUUGCCUUCCCUUUGUGCCUGGUUCCCUGCCCCCAGGAGCCUACACAUCUUUGGCAUCCCACUGCUCACACCAGUGGCUGUUUUAAUGCCUGGCUCCACAUCUUAAUGACCCUUCGAGGCAGCACUGGACCAGGCGUCCCCCUCCCUCAAUCCAUGUGCUGCUCCUUUCGGGGGGUGGAAAAAAAAAGCAUUUUUUGAUGAGCCCACCUUGAUGCAAGCUGCAACCCACACUUCAACCCACGGGACUCCAUCCAGCGCACAGUGCUCCCUUCCCACACGGGCAUGAGGUGACAUGGGGGGUGACAAGCAGGUCCCAGGACGCUGCCUCCCUCCCCUCCAGCCCUGGGCUAAGAGGAUAUGUCUUCCCCUCUGGGCAUCUUAAUGCCUUUUGCAGCCCCCACCUCCACCUUCCCCGGCUCUUGGAGAAGAUGUUGCUCCAUUUCCCAACCCGUGGAGCUCACGUAAGACCUUGCACUGUGACACCCGCUCGUUUCGGAGGCCAGACUCCCACCCCUUGUGUCCCAAACUGCCUUCAGCCCCCCCAGCUGCCACCAAGGCGUCAACCGAGAUCGAAACCCCAGCGACUCGCAUGGGGGCUGCCGCCACUUGUACAUUUUAUGUCUAUAUAUAAUGGACUUUGUAACAUGUUGCCUAGUUUUAAUCUAACUUGCUAUAAAUUAAAGCCCUUCUGUGUGGGAGGAGGGAGGAGCAGAUCCUUCUCUGCUAACAAAUCCACUGUGAAAACCUGAUGUGUUCCCUCACUCUCCCAGCCUGAACGUUCUGCGAGGAGCUACGGGAGCAAAAGGGAUUUCUGUCUUCUACUGUAUGUGAUCACGGGAUAAACGCACCGGCUGUGGAUUUUGUUGGGUUUUUUUUUUAAACAGAUUGAGUUUUCAGAGGGAUUUUUUUUUCUUUUCUAAUAUAUAUUUGUGUGUGUGUAUGUGUGUGCACAAUUAUAUAUAUAUUAUAUAUUUUUAAAUCGAUGAAUGUGUGAACGUCUACGUGGCAAGCAGAUUUGGUGAAAUGGCUAGCAUUUUUCUGGCUCAGUUUGGGGUGAUGGGGGAAGGGGUCACUCCAAGACACCCUGGCCUAAGACUCUUUUUUUAAAGAAAUGCAUCUAUUUUUUAACUGAAUCUUUUAAAAAUGUUGGGGUUUCCCCCCCCCCCCCCCCCCCGAAAUUCAUGCCCUGGAGGUGUGGAUUUUGAGGUGCAUUUCCAUUGUUUCCCACCCAAUGAAGAAUGUCCCCCUAAAUUCUUUGCUCCCUGUUCCUGCAACUUGGGGUUUGUGGCACUGGCUGCUCAGCAUUUAUUUUCAUGAGCUGCUCCUGGGGGCAGCUGCUUCAGGGCAAAAGGGUUUUGGUCCUUUGUGCCCCUGUGCUGGGGCACCAUGUGCCAGCACUUUGCCCCUAUCACUGUUCCCAUCCCCGGCAGAACCAGCCCAGGCUGAGCAGGACAAACGCUGUUCAGCUUUGGGCUGACCCUGACCCCCCCACACCACCUCUUCAUGUAAAAUAAAUGAUUGUUCUUCACAUGUCCUUUCUCGGUCCUGCUCUGCAAGCCACCUGGCGCUCUCUAGGGCACCCGCACCUUUCCCUGCUUGCUCUCACAGCUUUGCAGCUGAGAUGUACAAUUGUUCUUUAUUUUUUAUUUUUUCUUUUCAUAGUUGGUUACUUUGGGUUAUUUCUCGUUUUCAUGUUGAGCUUUUGUUUGUUCUUUUUUUUUGUUUCCCCCCUUCUCUCCUUGUUUUGACCCCUUUCCCCUUCCUGUGUCUCACCCUUUUUGGUGCUUUGGGGAAUGGCGAUUAUAUAUGUUUUUCUUUUUUGGGCUGCAGUUCAGCUGGAGCAAUUCCUGACAUUAGGGGAAAGGGAACAUCUGCCCUUUCAAACCCUGGGGAGAUGCCUCUGGGGUGGGCUUGGGACCCUGUGCAUAAAGUAAGAUCUGCAGAAGGGGCAAACACAAACACAGCCCCUCCCUGUGCCAUCUCUGCUGCACUCCACACGGGUCCUGCCUGUCCCUCUUCAGCCUCUCACCUGUCCCUCUCCAUCUGACACUUUCCUGUCCUGCCGUGUCCCCUCUGCCAUGGUGGGGGGUGUAAAGCCAGCCCCGGGGACAACCAGCUCGUCCUUGUGGUGGGUGAGGAAUUUAGCUUACAGCAGAAGCCCCUCUAGCCUUGUAUUUUUGAGAACGGUCUGUACCCAUUAAACCCCGUCAUUAUUUUCAAUAAAAUUCACCCUCAAACCUG